GACCUAAAGAUGAUCGUGACGUGGUGAUUGGACAAGCAAAAUAGCAUUUUCCUAACUACUUCACUGGGAUUAGGACACUGCGGAUUUCCACUCAAAAGACGGAGAACCAAUGUUUUUUUCAUGUAAAGAAUAGUUUAUUCGGUUUAUUGUUUGAAUCAAGCAGGUCGCCGCAUUUUUUUAACGGUUGCACUUUAGAUUAUCCGGCGUGGGAGACCUUGUCUGCUGAGAGGGACCAGGCAGCACCAUGAAGCUCUACAGCCUGAGCGUCCAUUAUAAAGGAGCCACUAAAGCCAACCUCCUGAAAGCGGCCUACGACCUCUCCUCCUAUAACUUCUUUCAGAAGUCCAGCAUCCAGGAGUUCAUGACCUUCACCAGUGCCUUGAUUGUUGAACGGACAACAGUUGGAAGUCGUGCCUCUGUCAAAGAGCAAGAGUACCUGUGUCAUGUAUAUGUGAGGAAUGACAACCUGGGUGCAGUGGUCAUAGCAGAUUCUGAAUACCCACAGAGAGUCUGCUUCACACUGCUUGACAAGGUGUUAGAAGAGUUUUCUAGACAGGUGGACAGUAUAGACUGGCCCUCCGGUAACCCCGACACCGUUAACUACAAAGCCCUUGACGUUUACCUCGCCAAGUAUCAGAACCCCAAGGAAGCAGAUGCAAUGUCCAAAGUGCAGGCAGAGCUGGAUGACACAAAGAUCAUUUUGCACAACACCAUGGAAAGUCUGUUGGAGAGAGGAGAGAAACUGGACGACCUCGUGGCCAAGUCAGAACACCUGGGGAGCCAGUCCAAAGCCUUUUAUAAGACUGCAAGGAAACAGAAUUCCUGCUGCGAGAUCAUGUGAUGCCACCGCCUCGUCCUCACGGACACGCCUCCAUCUCUGGCUCUCUCUCUCUGCCUUCCUGCUCAUCCCGGUCCUACAUUCCCCAUCAUGCACCAGCUCUCAACGCGAUGAGGUGAAAGUCGGCGGCCGGCGCAAUUUUCAUCGACGGGGGCUGGAGGAGCGAUUGGGGUCACAGGAACCUUUUACGGCGCUUCAGUAGCAGCGGAGGACGAAACUUGCGUGUGGUUGUCUCUUGGUGAUGUAGUCUUGAAACCAUUUGUCAUCCGGAUUGAAACACGUCUUAAAUGUUUCUUUUUUUUUUUUUUUUUUUCUCUCAAUAAGACGUUUGUUACUCGUCAGCUACAUGAUAUUCAUUUGAUCUUAACGUCAACAUUCCCGCUGUGGCUGAUUGUGUAUGUGUGAGGUGUUAAUGCGGUGUGCACAUGCAUCCCCCCAUCACGAUGCUGGUUAAUAAUGACUAUAUCGAAGCCGAACUGGACUUUGUCCUAAAACAUAAUAACACAAAAAUGGCUGAGUGACACUCCAACAUGCUCCCCGACCUUCCUUUGUUUUUGUUUUUUUUAAUAUACAGAAUGAGUAUAAAUUGCUUGCUUGCAUCACUUAAAGAUGGAAACAUGCCUUUGGUUGUAUUUUAGAUGUUUCUUUAGUUUAUUUUUUUGCUCUUUGUGUGUGCACAACAUGUAUGAAUGAAUUAAUGAGUGACUAAUGGUGUGUGUGUGUGUUUCAGGCUUUUACGGCGUAAACUGUUGUGCAAUACCUCUGCCAACUGGUGUCUCUUAAACUGAGAGUACAAAAUGGAAACGUUGCUCAUAAGAGGUUAUUCAAUUGGCCUUUGUUCACUUGUCUUAUGAGUAAUUCAACAUAUGAAUGAAGCCUGUGCAGGGUUGAUUCUUGACUUAAUAAACACUUGUCUGGAUUAAUUUA